AUGAACCGAUACCAGUUCAGGUCAGCCGAAAAGAAGGACGCGGUCCAGUGCCAGCUGUUCAUAGAAAGUUUAGCUGGAAUCGCCCUCGACUGGUUCUCACGGCUCGAUGCGAAUUCGAUAAACAAUUACAAGGAGCUAACCACGGCCUUCGUCAAGCACUUCUCCAUGUUCAUCAGACAGAACACCAACAACUCCGAACUGUGGAAAAUAGCUCAAGGUGCAAACGAGAGCCUUCGCGACUUCAUCCACCAUUUCAAGACGAUAAUCGCCCACUGCACGAUCAGCGACGAAGCCGUUCUCUUAUGCCUACAGAAGGUAGCCCGAAUAAAGACAAGCUUCCGAAGCGUCAUAAAACACAACCCUCCUCAGACCUUGGAGGACGCAUUACACCGAGCUAACACUUACAUCGCGGAAGAAAAGGAGGAAACAGCCCACGAGCAAAGCUACAUCGCAAAACAGCCCGAACGACCUAAGACCGACACUUACGAGCCCCAAUCAGGUCACGGUAGAGAAUACGAGAACCGCAAAAAAUUCUACGCCAACGCCAUCCAACAACCGACCAAGCAGUGGAAACAUCAAUACCGGAAAGGACAAAUUUCGCUUGAAGACCUCCGAUGCUCAACCGCCCACAGAAGCAGAUCACCCCGACUUACCAAUACACCACCCGAGAACACCGCUGCAAAGGAUCUGCCAACGUUACCACCGCCUCUGCGGAAUCCAUCCGCCCAACCCGAGCAACAGAAACGCAACCGCGAUGAGCCAGCACCAGAGAACCAUACCCCCAAAGCCAGGAAACGCGUCAACAUGAUAAUGGGGGCUAUCGAAACUUGCAGCUACUCAGUCCGGGCAAUAAAGGAGUACAGUCGACAGGCCGCAACCGCGCCUGAACUCUCGCACGAUCCCCCGAAGGGAACUCCUUUGAUAUUCACCGAAGCCGACACAAUUGGACUGCACAAGCCGCACAACAACGCUCUCGUUCUCGAACUCCUUCUUAACGACGUCGAAGUUAGCCGCAUCCUCAUUGAUACUGGCAGCUCGGUCAACAUAAUCUUCAAAGACGCAUUUGACCAGCUCGGCAUUCUAGCUGACAAAAUCGAACGUUUCAUUGAGCCGCUCACAGGAUUUAACAGCGAACGCUGUAUGACGGUUGGCACAGUGAAAAUCCCGAUCUAUCUAGCCAGUGUUGCAAAGUCAUCCAAUUCUUCAUCUUUGACAAACCGGCAAUCUACAACGCCAUCUUCGGUUACCUUGGCUUCAUGCAAUGAAAGCAGUCACCUCCACAUACCAUCAGUGCCUCAAAUUCCCAACUCUAGACGGCAUAUACACCCUCCGAGGCAACCAAGCUGUCGCCCGAUCGUGCUACAUCAACGAGUGCAAGCUUCGAUCCGCAAAUCAAACUUGCGUCAUCAGCUCGCAGGGCACGACCGCCGACCUCAUUGUCCAUAA